AUGGCAAAAGACAAAUGGUUUCGUUCGAUAGAAUCGACGUUCUAUGAUGCCUUAGAAUACCACGCAGUACCUGAAUGGAUCAUCGAACCGAUGCCGCCUAGGGUGAACACUCGUCGAGACGCUUUAGAUGGACAGAAAGAACGAUGGCCAUUUCGAACACAUAAUGCUAAAGGAAAAUUCACCUGUCCUCGGUGCAAGAAAGUGUGGAAGUCGUCUUUUACGACUGUCGUUUGGAGAGCUCGGAGAAAUACAAAUGUUAUUCAAGUUCGUAUAGAAAAACAAGCUUGUCAAGGGUGUAACAUUUACUGUCAAGGGUCUCUUGUUGAUAUUGAGAGUUUAGCAUGGACGGCAUACUGGAUGUGUACUUGGAUACUAGAUGUUUUCUACGGUAUACGUGAUGAAAACGCGAAUAAGCGUGCAGAUAAACCGGAGGAAAUUGAUGAAUCAACUGCACCACAUGAUUAUGGACGCUGUGAAGCUGGUAGAAAGGGUAUAUGCAGAAAAUGCAAUAGACAUUCGCAAGAACAUUAG